AUGUAUUCAGCAAGCAACAAAGCAUAUCUCUCUAAGAGAAUAAUCGAGCAAUACAAGCAUGAGAAAGAAAGAAGAGUGAAAUCUGAGAUAACUUAAAACCAGAUGUUUCAAAUUGAAGAGUAAUAAGACGAGGAUGAUGACUAAAUGAAUGAAAAAUCAUAAGAAAUGAUUUCAUCAUCUGUCUAAUAAAAACAUGUCAAAGAAGAGAUAAAGUUUAAGCCUAAGAAAUAAGAGCGAGAGGUGAGUAGCCUCCUAUCCAAUGAUUGCUAUGAAGUUGAAGAGGAGGAGAAAGUUGAGGAAAAGUCAGAAUUCGAAGAGGAAGAGGAUAAUGAGUCAGCCGAAAGUAUGGAUUCUGAAGAAUUAGGAGAUGACAUUGAUGACUACAAAGCAUAUGAGUCAUAUCAAGUUCAAAUGCUUUAAAAACAGAUUAAAGAGCUUUAAAACUAUAUUAAAGAGGGAUAGAAAAAAGAGAAUUAUUCGAUAGUUGAUAAAGCGUAGAACAGCUUCGGAGGUGCGAGCUAAAGUACACUAUAGUAAAGAGUAGAACAAGCCAGUUUAUUCAGUUCUCAGGAAAAUGAAUCGGACAGCAACAUGACUUUUGGAAAAGCCUAACCAUAAAUAGAUUUUCGAAAACAAAUGAAACCCUAACACUAGAUGUUUGGCUAUUAAGAACCAGAAGAAAGUCAGAAAGAAUUCUAUAAAUAUAACCCCAAAACCAAAAAUACUGCAGAAUUAAAGAAGGUAAAAAGAAGAAAAUACAAGCAAGAAGUAGAUACUAAUGUCUUCCAAAUAUCUAUGGCUUGUCUAAAAGACCAAAGUGAACUUGCAACUGGUGAUCCCUGCUUCUGCACUAAUUGCGAUGCAGUCUUUAAUCUCUACAGUAAGAUUGAAGAAAGCAAAGCUGAAGAGGAGCAGAUCUGGCAUUGUGAAUUCUGUAAUCACUAAAAUAAGGUUUAAUUUGAACCUGAGGAACUUCCAAAAACUGAAUCUGUUCACUACAUAAUUGAAGCAGCUGAAUAGAUUAUUGAUAAGAAUAACCCUGUAACUGGUUAAAAAGACAUAUCAGUUAUCUUCUGUAUUGAUAUAUCAGGAAGUAUGUGUGUAUCCUUGCCAGUUGCCGGCCACCAUCAAAUAAAAGGAGAUAGAAUGAAGGAUAUCUCAGCAUAACUCAUGAAGUUUGGAGACGGUUCAAACCAAAGACUCUAAGGAGAUCACAAUGUGACUUAUGUCUCAAGACUCUAAUGUAUCAAGUUAGCCAUUGAGAAGCAAAUAGAUGAAAUGUAAAGGCUUUAUCCUGACAGAAAAAUUGGUAUAGUAACUUUCAAUAGUGAGGUAACAGUUAUUGGGGAUGGCACCUAGAUUCCAAUAACGAUAGCUGGUGACAAGCUUAACGAUUAUGAUACACUUUUCUAAAGUGGAAUUCAAUCUCAUCAAAUUGCACUCAGAAAGCCAAUCAAGGAGACCAAAAAGCAUUUGAAAUAAAAACUUCUAGGUUUAGAGGAAAAAGGUCUUACGGCACUGGGGCCAGCUGUGUUGACUGCCAUAGCAAUGGCAGGUGAAGGUGCACCUGGUUCAUCGGUGAUAGUUUGCACUGAUGGGCUUUCCAAUGUAGGUCUUGGUAAUUUAGAUGAAAUUUUCACUGAAGAGUAGCACCAAGAGAUUGAUUAAAUCUAUAAUAGAAUGGGGGAAUAUGCCAUGUCAAAAGGUGUAACAGUAAGUAUUGUCAGCAUAGAAGGUGAAGAAUGUAACAUCGACACCAUCUCAAGGCUAUCAGAUUUUACUGGCGGAGAUGUACAGAGAGUUAAACCUUAGGAUCUUAUCGAGAAUAUCCAGAACAUCCUAAGUUUACCAACUCUAGCUACAAAUGUCUAAGUUAAGGUUAAGAUUCACAAGGGUCUUCAAUAUAGAAAUGAGGAUCCAUAAAAUCUGAGCGCUGACAAGACUAUUCUCUUAAGAGAUCUUGGCAAUGUCAACGAGGGUACUGAGAUUACAUUUGAAUACAAACUCAAGAAUAUAAAGAAACUGCUAGAAAUGGAGGACAUUGACUUGGAAAAACUUAAGCAUUUCCCCUUUUAAGCAUAGAUAGCCUACACAUCCUUAGACGGUGCAAGAUGCAUCUUAGUAAUUACAAAUCAAGUUGAGACAUCAAACGAUAGAAAUGAAUUGAUGUAGCAGGCCAACUUUGAUAUUUUGGGAGUAAAUGCUAUUUAAUAAACUGCUAAGUUUGCCAGAGGUGGUGAUUUUGUAAAGGCUCAAGUAAAUGCUAAAGCAUGGAGUAGACACUUGGAAAGAGACUCAAAUGAUGAAGAGCAAAAUGAGUGCCUCAUGAACUUCAGAGGAAACGUCAAUAGCAUAUAUAACGCUAUUGCUGCUGAAAGAAGUAAUGGUUCAAACAGCAAUAUGAUGAUGGGCUCAUCUUCAUAAAGCAAGCAAUAUGUAUAUACUAGCGAUAGCAACAGUAAUAUUCGUUAAAGAGGAGCAACUAGAUUCAAUGAUAAUUUGAGUCAUUAAGUAUUUGCUGCAAAAUAGAUGACUGUCAAGAAAAUACAGAAAAAAAAUACUUGA